GCGACCCUCGGCCGUCCGCCCGCCCCUCCGAAGCGGAGCAGACGUCGGCAUUCACAGAGCCGCGGGCUGGAACGAGCGCGGCCACCUUUGCGCAGCUGGAAGGUCUCACUGCCCGCGCACAAAGGAGGCGCAGCCGGAGAGAAGCCGCAGUCCGCGCGAGCGCUCGGCACCCAGAGCCUCGGACACGCGGGCUGCGACGGGCCGUCGCGGUGCACGCAGCGCAGGUGAGCUGCUACCCGGAGGUCAGCAGCAAGCAGCAUGGAGAGGCCACACUCCGCUCUGAGGAAAAGUUCACACUUUGUACGGAAGCAGGUGGAGGAACUCGACACCGAAGCGCAGAGGAUCUCGACCAGGGACCAGUGCUGCCAGACUGAAGAGCAUCGCCAUGACAACUGCAGACAGGAAGCAGACGCGCCCCCUGGCUCGGACCGCACCCCCACGCCUCCGGCGUUCGCCAUCGAGCCGGGGGACCCCGCUGUACUGCAGCGGCCGCUCCAGACGUCCAAGUCUGGAAUACAGCAGAUAAUCGAGUGUUUCCGCUCAGGCACAGCCCAGCUGAAACACAUUCUCCUGAAAGAGGUGGACACCAUCUUCGAGUGCAAGCUGUGCCGCAGCAUGUUCCGCAGCCUGCCCAACCUCAUCGCCCACAAGGAGUUCUACUGCUUUCCGACCCGGCUCAGGGUCCACGAACCACCUCCGGAGGACAGCCAGAGCCAAGCCUUGAAGGACCUGCUGGCGGCCAUCUACCCUCGGAAGGAUGGGCCUGAGUACGUGGUGAGGCUGGAACCCAUCGAGAGCAACCAGAAUGCCGUGUUCCAGUUCCUGACCACGGAGGAGGAGCAGCUGCCCCAGGAGGAGCCGGAGGCCGUCCCUCCGUCAGAGCCAGACGUCACCGACGAAGAUCCCGCCGAGAGUCUGGAGGCGGCCAGGCCAGCGGAGCCCGCAGUCCAGCAGGAUCCUCCGCAAGAGCAGCAGGAGGAUUCGGCGCACGAGGAGCCCGAAGCGGUGCCACCGAAGGAGAGGGAGGAGCAGGAGGUGAAGCGCGAGCAGGAAGAGGAGGAGCAGAAGGAGGAGGAAGAGGAGGAGGAGGGUGCCAAGAGCUGGAUGGACGAUGUGACGAUCUCCUGCUGUCUGUGCGGGAAGGACUUCAACUCGCGGCGUGGUGUGCGGAGGCACUGCCGCAAGAUGCACAAGGCCAAGUUGGAGGAGCUGAGGAAGUUCACGGACACUCGCACGGUGCCCAUCAGCCUGCUCUCCAUGGUGAAGGACCGCUCGAGUUGCCCUCCGCCGGUUCCCGGCCGCAGCUGCCCCGUGUGCCAGAAGACGUUCGCCACAAAGGCCAAUGUGAGACGCCACUUCGACGAGGUGCACCGGGGCCUCCGGCGCGACUACAUCACGCCUGACAUCGCCACGAAGCCCGGCCAGCCGCUGUCGCUGGAGCCGCCGGGCGCUGCCCGCCUCCGCAAGCAGAAGACCAAGAUGGAGUACAACUUGUCGGCUUGCACUUGUCUGCUCUGCAAGAGGAAGUACAGCUCCCAGAUGAUGUUGAAGAGGCAUCUGCACAUCGUCCACAAGAUCGACACGGUGGAGAACGGCACCGCGGCCAAGCGCUCCACUACCUCCUGCGCCAAAGCCAAGGGCGAAACGUGGGGCUCGGCCAAAAGCGAGGGCAAAGGCGUGCCAGCGGCGGCUUUCCCUCCCAGCGAGGAGGAGCUCAAGAGCAUGAGCAAGGCCAGGCUGCGGAAGCUCAAGCUCUCCAUGGGCUUCGACUUCAAGCAGCUCUACUGCAAACUGUGCAAACGGCAGUUCACCACACGGCAGAACCUCACCAAGCACAUGGACCUGCACAUGGACGGCAGCGAAAUCUACAUCAAGUUCUACCGCUGCCCCCUCUGCAGCUAUGAGUCGCGGCGCAAGCGCGACGUGCUCCGCCACAUGAGUGUGGUGCACAAGAAGUCGUCGCGUUACCUCGACAAGAUCCUGCCCUCCUUGGAGAGCCGGGCGGUGAAGAAGCCCGUGGAACUGGUCCUCAACAACCCGUUCAGGAAGGGCCUGCAGAAGGACGUCGACGGUCAGCAGGACCCCCCCGCCGGGCCUUCGAGCGCCCAGCAGUCCGACCCGACCGGCGGUCCCAUCACCCGCCAGCAGGACGCCCCUGAGACGGGCGGCUCGGUCCUGAAGGUCUCCAAUAAUUUUGUGCUCCACACGUGUGACGUCUGCGGCCGAGCCUUUGGCAAAAAGGUAUACCUGGAGUCUCAUAGGCGGACCCACAAGACGACCGGCACGCUAAAGCCGCCCGAGGAGAGUAGGAAGAAGGGGCGCAGUACACGAUCGAAGUUGUUCCUCUGGUGAGUUUGCCCAAGAGGCCGCUGACGGGGUCGCUGCCACGGGCCAAACGUAGGCGCUAGACUCAACGUCAGCACUGAGGUCAACAACAUUAACAUUUAUGUUAACUGUCCCGGGGAGGUAAUUUGCUUGCAUUUUCAUGUUUGGAAAGAUAAUUGUUAUGACAGCUGCCUGACGAAAGCACAAUAAAAAUAAAGGCAAAAUAUUAAGAAAUGUAGUGAUUCAA